UCUCUUCGCAGAAAAAUGUGGCAGCAACCAUGCAUUGUUUUUUGCUCACACUGGAGCCUGCGGCUUGGACCUGUUGUUUAUUUGCUUCGCCGUUGGUCUGGGGAUCAAAAUUCUUUACUUGUCAUGGAGAAAGGAGUAGAUGCUGAUUUGGCUCUCUUACCUUUCAAGCCAAUGGCAAUGAAGAUCCUGCAAUGCUCAUUUCUUUGUGGAAUGAGGAUGCAGAAAGUUCAACCUUUGUUGAAGAUGUUACAACCAAAACUUGUAUUGUUCCCUGAAAAUCUGAGGCGGUGUUUUGAGUUUUCCUGCACAACGUUGCAGAAGAUGGGGAUUAAUGCUUCUGUUGAACAAGGCUCGAAUAAUUCCAAAUCAGAAUACAAGGUACAUGUUGAGCCCAAUAAGGCCUUAAUUGAGGUUGAAGCUGGACGUACUGUUAUUAGCUCAACUGAUGAGAAAUUGGCUGCGUCCAUUUUCGGAGCCAUCGCCAGUUGUUUGGAGGGCAUUUAA